CGUAAAGGGAAAUUCAGCAGGUGGUCUAAGUGUCCAGUUAAUAACGCUUAACUCCUUUCAAUUAAGAAACAGUUCCAUAGGACAAUUUGUCUAAUCACAAGCUUUUACAAACCUUUGAGGUUUGAAUCUACUUAAGCCACCCACAAAAUGUCGACUCAAUAGUCUGUGGGCAGAUUUCCGACUGUUAAGACGGUUUUACAUAAAAAAAUAAAAGUUUACGCCCGAAAUGAGGCCGUUAAGGCAAAUAGAUUGCUUUAAAGUUAAUAUGAAAUGUUGGAAGUUACUUGCCAUUUGGCCUCCAAACGAUAAGCAUUCUUAUUACCGUUACUAUCAAAUGUUUUUUACGACGUUCAUCCUUUUAAAUAACUUAUUAGCUACAAUAAAUUUUAUUUUCCUUCCGAGACAAUUAGAUAUGUUUAUAGACGAAAUGAUAUUUUACUUCACAGAAUUAGCUGUGACAUCGAAGUUAUUGACUUUUAUUUUUAUGCGCGAAAAAAUUCUAAAGAUUUUGAGUAUUCUCGAGAGUGAUAUGUUUCAGCCUGAAUCAGAAAAUGGCUUAAAAGCAAUAGACAAAGCAAAAAAAUUUAAUGUGAGAUAUUUUAAAAUAGUUGCAGUAGUGUCAGCAACUGCUCAUAUCUCACAUAUAGUACCGCCAAUAUUAUUGCAUUUUAUUUUACAUGUAAAAUUAGAACUUCUUGUAUGCAAUUUUUCAUUUUUAUCUGAUGAUACUAAACAAAAAUUUAUUUACCCAUUAUACGAGUUUCAAGCCCUUUACAUGCAUUCUCAAGUGGUUUGUAAUAUCAGUAUUGAUACAUUUGUUCUCGGUAUACUGAUAUACGCCAUCGCCCAAUUGGAUAUACUUGAUGAUAAUUUGCGAAGAGUCACCGACAAAAACGAAAUAGUUACACGAGCCGAUGAUUCUAUACAACGAGCGGAGAAAGAAAAUGCUUUAAAGAAACUAAACGAUUCUAUAAUUCAUUAUGGUGAAUUGGGGCAGUUCUGUGACUUGGUCCAAGAUGUAUUUAGUAUAAUAUUGUUCGUGCAAUUCGGUGUGGCUUCUUGUAUAAUUUGCGUCGUCCUGUUCAGAUUUACAUUGCCGGCGCCAUUGCAGUACUUCAUAUUUUUGGGAUCGUAUAUGAUCGUAAUGAUCCUUCAAAUUUUGGUACCCUGUUGGUUCGGCACUCGCAUGCAGGAUAAGAGUCAACAGCUAUCCCAGGCCGUGUACGAUUGCGACUGGACCGCUAAGUCUCGCUACUUUAAGAGCAGUAUGCGGCUCUUCGUGGAGCGAGCCAACAAACCUCUCACGAUAACGGCCGGGAAAAUGUUUCCACUCUCGCUUACCACUUUCACUUCUAUUAUGAAUUCUUCGUACUCAUUCUUCACGUUGCUGCGUCACAUGCAAUCUCGCCAAAAUUAGAUCUGUAUCGUAUUAACCUUUUCGCCGCCACGUCAAUGCAGUAAUAAAGUGUCACCAACGCCAUGUCAAAAAUUGCACGUAGAAAACACGUAUAACAUAUCAAGUCGUGGCGUGUGAGGCACGAAAUGUACUGACUUUAUAUCAAGUCUAUGACGUCGAAAAGUUAAAAUUUUGCCAGGUAUUCACGCCAUUUAUUACAAAAUGUAAUCAAUUUCAGUGUAAAGUUGACUCAGUAUAAAUUUAGUUGAAAUUAAGGUCUCCGCUAAAAUAUCAAACCAGUGACAAAAGGUAGCACGAAUUCGGUUACUUACUUAAAAUUUCAAAGCUUUAUUAAUUUUCACCCUGGCUCGGCAUAUUGAUUCUAAUUAGAAUGCUGAAAGUGAACUCGAGGUCCGCAAAUUAUUUUUGAUUGAUGGAUAUAAGAUGAAAUUGUGAAAUAUGUAUUCCGCGGUGUUCAUGGUAAAGUUUUUGUUGAAUCGUGUUAAUAAGUCAAUAAGGGUGAUUCUAUACUGGAAUAUUUCAAACAAAUUGUUAUUAGUACCUACUUCUCUAUAUAAUAUGUGUAUAAUAUCUAACCGCAUUAUUUCUCUUUUAUGUGUAGG